UCACAUACCGCGGAGUAUUUGCCAAGUGAGGAUCGCGAGCAAAAAUUUAUUUAUAAUCAUCUCGAUUGAAGUUGCUACAAAAGCAUCUAAACAAUUGGACAAGUUAAACAUUUUUUUCGAGGUUAAAAAUUUCAUUUAUUUUCAAAACCCGUUACGUCUACGUUCAGUGCACCGUUUAUUGACUGUUUGUGCAACUUUACUUUGAAGACCGGUGUAUUUCGGAUUCUCUAAAGAAAAAACGUAUUUUUAUUAUAUUUUUUUCUCGGGAUCGUGGAGUCAAGUUUCGAAACUCGAAUCAUGACGCAGAGACUAAUUUUCGCAGUGGCAGUCAUGGUCAUCGGGAUGACCUGUCCGCUCUACGCUGGUGUCAUGAAGAGACCACGUUACGUUCAGUGUCAGAGCAGCUUGGAGUGUAUGCCAGGAAACUGCUGUACCAUCGGUGAAGUACGGUUUAGCAUACCACAGUGUCAGCCGUUGCAAGAAGAAGGAGAUGUAUGCAGACCAAGUGGACACGCCACUUUGAAUACCACCCUGGUCUAUCCUGAUGGAACCCAAGUGGAGCUUACUGACGUUCAUAUUAUGUUAUGUCCUUGCAGCUAUGGAAUGACUUGUGACGAUGGCAUCUGCAGAGAUCCAAGUCAGAAGCGAGGAUUUAAUCAUCUGAUGGAAGAAGCAAGCAUACAGGAUGAUUAAAUAUUAUUACAUAUACUAUACAGAUGAUCAAGACUAAUAUAUGUAAGCGUUGAAGAAAACUUGAAGGUCUCGGUCAGAUAAUUCAACAGUAGAUUGAAUGAGAAUUGGCCUUUGUUCUGAGAAACAAUGUCAAAGUAAAUUUUACUUAAAAUUCCGUAUCCCAGAUGGAAAAUUAAAAUCAUAUAAUGGUUCAAUGACUGUUAUCAUAAUCUAAAGAAGAUCAGUCAUAGUCUUGCCAACGAAGAAUAUAUAUAUAAGAACAGAAUCUCCUAGAAAAUGGCAGAAAACACACGAAAGGAAUAAACGUGGCGUGGUGGUGACUAGAUAAAUAAUCAAUACACGAAGGGAAAUGGAGAGUAACAAGUGAACGAUAAAAAGAGAAAAAAAGCAGAUAAGAGAAACACGUAUACCGAUAAGAGAUAAUUUCAUUGACGUAGUUCAUCAUAAAUACCCAAUCGAGCGUUGUUCCCGUUGAACUAAAAGUUCCAUUCAUGGAAAUUCAGCGAGAGGGAACCGAACGAAGAUAGAAACGUCUGUUGUUGCACAAAUGGGACAAAUGCUUAAUGGGAAACUAUGUACAACUGUUUCUCGAUAUUUCGUAUGCGCUUCUCGAAUUCGUAAAGAACACUGAACAAACAUUUAACGAUAUGUAGAACUGACUGAAAAGCUAUUGAAAUCGUCUUCACGAAACUGGUCUCUCAGGAAAUUCAUAAAGAAUAAAUGAGAAAGUCAGGGUGAGCGCGCUUGUAUCUUUUUACCAUUUUUUUCCCUUAUUAUUUCUCAUUUGUCAUCUCCCCCACGAGAGAGAGAGACGCAAAAGAGAUAUGGAAAAAAAAAAGAAAAAAGAUCUCACCCACCCAAGUCGCCUUCUUUUGGAGCUCCCUGCGCACAUACGUAUAUUAUAACUUUAUAUACAAAUCGACUGCGCAAGAUUAAGAGUUAUGUUCGAUAUGUUGACUAGUUAUCUUGUUAUUUAUUAUUUCCUUCUUACAAUUAUAACGAUUUAGCGCCAAUCGCGAGCCAGUAACGAUCAUCACGCCAUUAUUGUUUACACGAGAGAAAACGUACACGUUUAUAAUGCGCCAUAACUCUAUGAAGAUAACUUUGAAAAUGUAAUCGUAUGUAUUAUAUAUAUAUAUAUAUUCUCAGAAGUAGAGAUUGGAAAGCUGCGCUCUGUCAAAAGAGAAGAAUUGUGUCUUCUGCUAUUUUUUUUACUUCAUUGUUCUAUCGGAAGGCCUAAUACGUGGACUGAUUUUUUUACUUUUUGUUUGUUUUCUCUUGGUAAGACGGAUGAAGACGACUUGUUCUUUUUUUGGUCUUGACUGUACAAAAGUUAUAAUCGCGCGCUAGAAUCAUUGCAGGGACACAAGUAUUCCGGGAGGAUUUAUGUCAGUGGCGUUCACACCAAAUAUUUGCAACUUUUAGUUAUUAGAUACCUUCAUGACUACUUUACGUUAGAAUUAUGUACUUUUACUUAUUAUUAUAGGAGCGUUACUAUUUGUCAAAAUGAUAUAUAAUUCUGAGAGCUGGAGGUUCAUCCUGAUACCAGCCACAUACAUAGUAUCUAAAAAUGAAUCUUGAGACUUGUUAGAGAUGACUUUGGGAUUUAUGUGUUGCUUGGGAUGUCAUUGAUAAUCGUAAUACGUGGUAUUAGUAGAUCUAGUGAAUUGAUACUAUCAUUAUCGCAGCAGAUCUUAACUGUGCAUGACAAAGAAGUAGUAGGUUAUAUUAUAUAUAGUAAUUAUAUGUAAUGAAUAAAUCGCAACAAUAAUUUGUACACAUAUCUACAUUUCUGUACACACUCCUCGAGCAGUGAAAUACAUAUUUAUUUAUUAAUUUGA